UCAGCACCUUCAAAGUUCGGUGGUCAAGUUAUUUGCCAUGAACAUGACUAGUCUCAACUUCGAUGAACAAGACGGGAUUUUGAGAACAAUUUCUGAUGCGCCGCCAACUCAUUACACUAUCAAAAUACAGUCGCUUUCAUUGCUGUCUGUCCAUUCACUGGAGAAAUAUGAAUCAGGGGAGUUUGACGCUGGAGGAUACAAAUGGAAACUGGUUUUCUAUCCAAAUGGAAACAAGAGCAAGAAUGUGAAAGAGCACAUCUCUCUCUACUUAGUAUUGGCUGGAGCAAAUGCCCCCAAGACUUGUUGGGAAGUGCAUGCUGCUUUCAGGUUGUUUUUGCUUGAUCAGAAUACUGGCAUGUACUUUGCUCUUCAAGAAAAAAAUGAAAGGCGCUUCCAUGGGAUGAAGCUUGACUGGGGAUUUGAUCAAUUCCUCCCUCUCAAUGCUUUUAUUGACACUUCCAAUGGAUUUCUCAUGGAAGAUGCCUGCGUGUUUGGAGCGGAGGUCUUCGUUCGUAAAGAAAAAAGCACAUGCAAAGGAGAGUGUCUAUCAAUGAUCAAGGAUGCCGUUAUGUACAAGCAUGUUUGGAACAUUUACUUCUCAAAGUUAAACGUGGGGAGCAAUGACUCACCAACGUUCAUUGCUGGAGACCAGAAAUGGAAGAUACAACUGUAUCCGUGGGGAAGAGACAGUGGGACGGGUAGCCAUCUCUCUCUUUAUUUGGCAUUAGCUGAUCCGACAUCUCUGCCUCCUACCUCUAAAAUAUAUGCAGAGUUUACCCUGCGCCUCAUAAAUCAACAGAACAGCAGCCUUCACUAUGCAUAUAGUAAAGUUAAUUGGUGGUUCAGUGCCUCCAGUCCCAUGCGGGGCUGGCAUAGAUUCAUUACAGUCGGAUGGUUCUGUGUGAAUCAGGCGAACUACAGGUACUUGGUGAACGAUAGUUGUACCGUGGAGGCUGAGGUCACUGUGCAUGGAACUGCUAGCGCGCUAGAGAAUGUGAAAGAGCACAUCUCUCUCUACUUAGUAUUGGCUGGAGCAAAUGCCCCCCAGACUUGUUGGGAAGUGCAUGCUGCUUUCAGGUUGUUUUUGCUUGAUCAGAAUAUUGGCAAGUACUUGGCUCUUCAAGACCAAAAUGAAAGGUGCUUCCAUGGGAUGAAGUUAGACUGGGGAUUUGAUAAAUUCCUCUCCCUCAAAGCUUUUACUGACGCUUCCAAUGGAUUUCUCGUGGAAGACACCUGCGUGUUUGGAGCGGAGGUCUUUGUUCGUAAAGAAAGAAGCACAUGCAAAGGAGAGUGUCUAUCAAUGAUCAAGGGUGCCAUUAUGUACAAGCAUGUUUGGAAAAUUGACAACUUCUCAAAGUUAAACGCGGAGAGCUAUGACUCACAAACAUUCAUUGCUGGAGACCAAAAAUGGAAGAUAAAACUGUAUCCGAAGGGAAGAGACGAUGAGUUGAGUGGCCAUCUCGCUCUUUAUUUGGCAUUAACUGAUCCGACAUCUCUGCCUCCUACCUCUAAAAUCUAUGCACAGUAUACCCUGCGCCUCUUAAAUCGAUACAGCAGCAGCUAUCACCGUGAAUAUAAAGUUACUCGGUGGGUCAGUGCCUCCAGUCCCAUGUUGGGCUGGCCGAGUUUCAUUACAGUCGCAUGGUUGACAAACACGAACUACAGGUUCUUGGUGGAUGAUAGUUGUACCGUGGAGGCUGAGGUCACUGUGCAUGGAACUGCUAGUGCGCUAGAGUAG